AUGAGUGGAUUACAGGCAUUUAUCAACAUUCAAAAAAUGUUAAAACCGGAUGGGGAUGUACUUUUAACAUUUCUUGCGAAUAACCCUAUUUUCGAAAUUUAUAAACAAUUAUCCCAACAAGGUCGAUGGCAUUCGUAUAUGAACGACAUUAAUCAAUUUGUUUCACCCUAUCAGUACUCACCUGAUCCUCAGGGAGAUUUAGAAAAAUUGCUAAGGGAUACAGGAUUUACAAACAUUGUUUGUAAAGUAAAACAUCGAAUUUACGUGUAUCCAAACGUUAUAACUUUAAGAAAGUCGAUAACAGCAGUGAAUCCAUUUCUUAGCGGAAUUCCAGACAAUAUGAAGGAGAAAUACCUUGAAGAUUACCUCGCCGAAGUUAAACGAAUGGAUUUUGUAGAAACAAACAAUAACAAUGAAGAACAAAUUAAAGUACCUUAUGAAUUAUUUGUAGUGUACGCACAAAAAUGAGAAAAACCUAGAGAUCCCUAACAACUUUUAUGACCAGUUACUAAAGUAACAAAAACUUAGAUAAUGUAAAUACAAGCAACUCAGUGUGUAGAUAAAUAAAUAAUGUGAUUAAUAUAUAAAAUAUUAAACUGUUACAAAACGUAUAUGUUUAUAAUUGCAUGAGAUAUUUAUUGAAGAUUCAUGUAUACAAUACAUUAACUUUUGUUUUUCUUAAUUUCGUACCAAUGUAUAUUUAAGCACAAUUGUACCUAAUACGUAUGUAUGUAAGUGUAAAGGAUACCGAAGCUAAGAAUAACAGUAUAUUGA